AUGAAGUACAGACAUUUGAGGAAAUUCAUUUGUAUUUUGGCGCAGGCCAGGAUAGCUCGGAUUUUCAAUACUUAUGGACCUCGUAUGUGCCUUGAUGAUGGACGUGUUGUCAGCAAUUUUGUUGCUCAGGCCUUAAGAAAGGAGCCAUUGACUGUUUAUGGCGAUGGAAAACAAACGAGGAGUUUCCAAUACGUUUCAGAUCUGGUUGAAGGUUUGAUGCGAUUAAUGGAAGGUGAUCAUAUCGGUCCUUUCAAUCUUGGAAACCCUGGCGAAUUUACCAUGCUUGAACUUGCUCAGGUCGUACAAGAUACAAUUGAUCCAAAUGCAAAGAUAGAGUACAGACCGAACACAGAAGAUGACCCUCACAAGAGAAAGCCAGACAUAGCAAAAGCUAAAAAACUUCUCGGGUGGGAGCCAAAGGUGUCUCUUCGUGAGGGACUUCCAUUGAUGGUUAAUGACUUCAAGCAGCGGCUGUUUGGCGAUGAGAAAGAAUCUACUGGAGGCACAUCUCUAGCAGCAGUUUAGAUCUCCAGGUCUCAGAAUAGACCCCAUCUCAUAUAGUAAACAUUCUUAAAUAUUAAAGAUAUAGAAGAAACAGAGUAGAAAAUAAAGGAACUCAAAGGAGCAAUUUUAAUUUCCAUACCUUAGUAUAUUCCUAUAAGAAUAAUGUUGCUACAGAAGAGUUAGAAGAGAAAAGCUACUAGAAACAAAGUACUCGUUU